UUCUUUACUAAAAUCGACUUAUCUGAGGCAUACCUUCAAAUGUUAGUUGAUGAGCGGGACCGACAUCUAUUGACGAUCAAUACUCACAAGGGUUUGUUCCGUUACAAGAGAAUGAAUUAUGGUAUAGCCUUAGCUCCGGCAGUGUGGCAGAGAGCCAUUGAACAAGUUUUAUCAGGCAUCGCGGGGGUACACGUAUUUUUAGAUGAUAUUACCGUAACGGGGAGAAAUGAUCAAGAGCAUUUUGAAAGGUUAGAAUUAGUACUACAGAGACUAGAAGAAUAUGGUCUCAGAGUAAAUAAGCGGAAAAGUGAAUUUUUUAAGAAAUCUGUGAAUUAUUGUGGUCAUACAAUUGAUAAAUUCGGCCUCCACAAAACACAAGAAAAAAUCGAUGCAAUUACGAAGGUACCAGUUCCAAAAACUGUAUCUGAUUUGAAGAGUUUUUUGGGUUUAGUCAAUUACUACGGAAAAUUUAUUCCCAACUUAUCUACUCGUGUCGCUCCUUUCAAUAAUUUACUGCAGAAAGGUACUAAAUUUUUGUGGACUGCAGAAUGUGAAAAGGCUUUCAAGGCAUUGAAACAAGAAAUUGCUUCAGACCGAAUUUUAUGCCAUUAUGAUUCUAAGUUACCUCUUGUAUUACAAACGGAUGCAUCACCAGUUGGAAUAGGAGCGGUUUUAAGUCACAUUAUGGCAGAUGGUUCAGAAAAACCAGCAAUGUUUGCAUCAAGGUCAUUGACUAAAACGGAACGUAAUUAUUCGCAGAUAGACAAGGAAGCAUUGAGUAUCGUAUGGGGAGUAAAGAGAUUUUAUCAAUAUUUAUUUGGUCGACAUUUUGAUCUCGUAACCGAUCAUAAACCCCUAGUAUCAAUUUUCGCACCUAAUCGUAGUUUACCAUGUUUAUCAGCAACACGAAUGGUUCAUUAUGCACUUUUUCUCCAAGCAUUCAGUUAUACAAUCAAGUAUCGAAACACAAAGAAUCAUGGCAAUGCCGAUGCACUUUCACGGUUACCACUAACAGUUGACAAGGACUGUGAGUACUUGACUGAAGCAGACGUGACAAAUAUUUCGCAAGUUGAAUUAAUGCCUGUUACAGCAACCGACAUAGCUAGAGCUACUAAAACUGAUAGGAAAUUGUUCGAACUGUAUGAAAGUUUAAAAUCUGGAACUGAAUUACCUGUGCCUUGGAAAGGUAGAGAAUCUGAAUUUUCAUUGCAAAAUGGUUGCAUAAUGUAUGGUCAUAGAGUAUGCAUUCCUGAAAAGUACCAGAAUCAAGUUUUGGAAGAACUUCAUGUUGGACAUCCUGGAAUUGUCAAAAUGAAGGCCAUAGCUAGAAGCUACUGCUAUUGGCAAGGUAUUGAUGCCAGUAUAGCCAAUUUUGUUCAGAACUGUUCAGCUUGUAUCGCAACGAGGAACGAACCAGCAAGGAUAAAUCGACAUCUGUGGGAAUGGCCAAAUGGACCUUGGCAAAGGAUACACGUUGACUACGCUGGUCCUUUUAUGGGGAAAAUGUUUUUUGUAGUUUCUGAUGCAUAUUCGAAGUGGAUAGAGGUCAUUCCGAUGAAAAAUAUUACAGCUAGUUUUACAAUUCAUCAUCUUCGUAUUCUUUUUGCUCAUUAUGGAAUUCCCUUAACUUUGGUUAGUGAUAACGGCGCAAGUUUUACUAGUUACGAAUUUCGACAUUUUUUGAAACUGAAUAAUAUUAAACAUAUAACUUCAGCACCUUACCAUCCUGCUACGAACGGACAGGCAGAAAGAAUAGUGCAGUUGUUCAAAGCUUCGUUGAAAUCGAGUAGAGGUGAUUCUGGAGAUCUAAAUGUGAAAUUACAAAGAUUUUUAUUACAGUAUAGAAUAACUCCACAUUCCCUCACGGGAGAAACUCCUAGUGCCUUGUUUUUGAAGAGAUGUAUUCGCACUAGGCUUGAUCUUUUAAAACCAAAUUUGAGAGACAAAGUUGUUCAGAAACAGAGUUCGAGACUUGACACAGAAUCUAUCUUGCGUGAGUUUCAGGAAGGGGAGAAAGUAGCCGUAAGAAAUUAUUCCGGACCUAACAAAUGGAAAAUUGGAACAAUUAUAAACCGAGAUGGAACUUUGAGUUAUAGCAUACAAGUUGGAAAUGAAAUUUGGAAGAGACUCGUAGAUCAAAUAAGGAAAUGUGGGAAGUCGAUUGAAUUAUCCCAAGCUGAUACUGAAAUUCCAAUUUACGAUAAAGAAUUGAAUUUUCCAGAUGAGCCAGUAUCCGAUGAUGUUGCUGAAUCGGAACUACCUGCACCUGUACCUGAAGUUGUCCUGAACCUAAGGAUGUACCUGUAUCUGCCACUCCAAGUAAUGAUAUGCCAAAUAGCCCUGUACCACACGCUUCCGGAAAGCCGAAAACUGAUGUGCCACUCCGACGCUCAACCCGAAUCAGGAGACCUCCAGAGAGACUCAUCCUCUAUAGACUUCAUGGGUUCAGCGACGCUUCUGAAGCUGCCUUUGGAGCUGUUGUGUACUGCAAAUCCCAAACCUGCUGGUGAGGUUGUUGUCAAGAUGGUGGCCAGUAAAUCCAGAGUGGCUCCACUGAAGAAGCUCACGAUCCCGAGAUUGGAGCUCUGCGCUGCUGUGCUGCUGGUGAAAUUGAUGCAGAGUAUCCAGUCGGCUCUUCGAUUGAAAGUGUCCAAUACCUAUUACUGGAGCGAUAGUAUGAUUGUGCUGUCAUGGAUUAAAAAAGAGACGUCCCAGUUAAAAACCUUCGUGGCAAACCGUGUAGCCACACUUCAAGACCUUUCGUGUCAGGAGCAGUGGAGACAUGUUUCGUCAGGAGAUAAUCCAGCUGAUCUUAUCAGUCGUGGUGUAAAUCUGUCCAAAAUGCUCGAGAGUCACUUGUGGUGGGAAGGCCCUGCCUUUCUAAAAAACAUUACUAAGGCAGUGCACCUCGAGAUGGUCACUGAUUUAACAUCAGAUGCCUUCAUAGCGUGUUUAAAGAGAUUUGUGGCUCGAAGAGGUUUAUGUUCGAAAUUAUUUUCAGAUAACGGCACAAACUUCAUAGAAGCAAAUAAGGAACUUUCUAAGUUAUACAAUUUAGUUGUAAAACCCGACGAUAGUCUUGCUAGUUAUUUGUAA